AGCGCAGGACGCAGGAGACAGUCGCUCUCCACCGUGCUGAAAGUCGGAGCGCUCCCGCCUCAGUCUCGCCUGCUGACGGUUAAUGCGACCUCUGCCGAAAAAUCGAAAAACAAACAAUGACAUUUGGUUUAAUGUGUCUUACUUCUACCCUUCUGGAUUUGUAUUUGCCAUGAAACCGCUGGAUGUAUACACGCACGCAACAAGACUGACUGCAGCUCUCUAACAUUCACCUGCGUGUGGGGAAAUAUUGAAAAGACUCCGGAUUCUCGGGGAACGCUAGAGGAUUUCUCUAGCUGCUCUUUUCUCUGUCUCUGUCUCUCUGUCUGUGCCGCAUGCCUCUGGACGUGAACUGUUUGUCUCCAAAAGGUGAGUCCGGGGAGGAUUAUCAUGAAGCAGACCUACUUUUACGUGGAUAUCGCUUUCUUUUCACUGGAAAAGGAGAAUCAUAUCUCCAAAAGGCUGGUGUUUAAUUGCUUUUAAAUCCAUCAUCACGAACAGAAGGGAGGAUUAUAGUAUUUGGAGUCUGUUGAAUUUACCCUGUGGAUAAAGUGAAGUUUCCAAUAGGCUAUAGGGGACUGUCUUUAAUCUGCUGUAGCCCUCUGUGUUGGGCGCUCGCUUCACACACUAAGUGGAUAUCAAGCUAUUUUAACGCGCCUCAAGUGAUGAUGAUGCUGACGAGAGUAAUGAGGAUACGGGGAGCGUAGCGAUGACAUCCACAACAUCUUGUUGAAUGUGGACAUCGAUGCCGCGGCGAAGGAUGGGCCCUCUCCUCUUGACCGCCUUCCUGUUCCUGCUGGCCCUGAGCGCCGUGUCCCCGGCCUCGGUGGGAAACCCCGAGGAUUACACCGCGGACGAGGCGGAGCGGACGGCCACUGAAAACAUUGUAUUCGAUGACUACCGGGGUAAAGGGUGCGUGGAUGACAGUGGUUUUGUCUACAAACUCGGGGAGCGCUUUUACCCGGGACACUCGAACUGUCCGUGCCAGUGCACGGAGGACGGGCCUGUGUGCGACCAGCCCGAGUGCCCAAAACUGCACCCCAAGUGCACAAAAGUGGAGCACAAUGGAUGCUGCCCCGAAUGCAAGGAGGUUAAAAACUUUUGCGAGUACCGGGGGAAAACGUAUAAAAUACUUCAAGAAUUCAAGGGUUCCCCAUCAGAUGAGGAGGGGUCCAGUCUGUCCAGCAUGGCUCCAGCGCAGCUUCAAUCAAGAACCAGGAGCUAUAGGCCGUCGGCCUGUGAAUGGUGCCGCUGCGAACCAAAUAAUGAGGUGCACUGCGUGGUGUCCGACUGCGCCGUCCCAGAGUGUGUCAACCCUGUGUACGAGCCGGAGCAAUGCUGCCCCAUCUGUAAAAACGGUCCAAAUUGCUUUGCUGGAACGACGAUCAUCCCAGCCGGAAUUGAAGUGAAGGUGGACGACUGCACCAUCUGCCGCUGCCACAACGGAGAUUGGUGGAAGCCGGCUCAAUGCCUGCGGAGGGAGUGCCUCAACGGCCAGACGUUGUCAUAGAGAGACUCCACCGGGGAUGGUGGAAAAGCUCAGGCAAGGCCCUGCCUACUGCACCAUUUUGUAUGAUUGACAGGGCAGGAGCACAAUUCCUAAGCAACCUGAGACAGCAUAGCAUCGAAGAGAUGCGCUCACAAGCUUCACACAAACACAAAUGUUGCCACCGAGAAGAAGACGGAACUUGUCUCAAGGCCGUUUCCACCCUCCGGUUUGAAUCGUCCUAUAUAUAUAUUUUCAGAUGUUGACUUGCUGCUCUCACACAAAAAAGUUUCUAAGCUCUUUGAACUUUUUCCUAACCAUUGGCAAUGUUGAAUUGCUCAUGUGGAUUUCUGUAUGUAUGCCAUCUGCUUGUUGUACGUGUCUGUCACAAUCACGCAGGUGUUGUAUUAUUCCAACAGCAGGCAAAACAAACCGUAAGCACACUUAACAGCGCUUUUUCUGUUUUUGUCAUAACAGGAUCAACACCGGUAAAAGCACUGCAUACGUAGGUGUUUCACAACUUCACUCUAAGAGCUUGUUUACAAGAUGCACAUCACACAUUACUGUUUGUGUCUUCAUAAGACUUUGUAUCACUAUGGCAGGAACUCACCUCUAACACUUAGAUGAUGCUACUGUCCAUUUUAUAAACUGCUGUAAAACCCCAGAACACUGAUUUGUGUGCAUACUAUGGUUUUGAAUCAUGUCUCUGUAUAGAAGCAGCACAGCCAGGGGAAGAUGGAAAGAAAGGAAAGUUGGUAGAGAGCAACUAUGAGAACUCUGCAUCACAACAACAAGUCUGGGCAGCCUCUGCUGGCUUAAUUGUCGUUAUUGUUUUCUCUCAGUGGUCCAUAUUCUCGAAAAUAUUCCCGCUAACUAACUGCUUGAACUUGUUAUUAAAGCAAUUAGUGAGCCAAAAGCAGCCUGCUUUAAUUUCCUUUAAUCAAGGAGUAUUCUGUGAUAGAUCAUCCAGCUGGGUGCUUGGCGCUGCCGCAGCCUGCAUGCUGAGCCCGCUCCAGAACCAGCAGACAAAAGGAGGGCAUCUGCAUUUGUCUAAAUGCUUUUUAGGCAGCAUUCACAUGCACAUUGUCCAUGAGAGCAUUCACAAUCACACCAUUCAUCGGCAAUCUCAAAGCCACAGUGUGUUGAUCUGCACCCAGUGAAGACCAUAAGGCUUGGUCAAAUACAAAUCUCUAACAUAAUGUAAUAUAUUUUCAGUUCCACCCGUUCCCCAUAUGUUAGAAUAGCUCUCCCGAUGUGGCAAUACGAUAAGAGACAAGCUAAUGUAUUGCCUUGAUAUUUUCCAGACCAGAGUGGUCCUUAAGUGGUCAAGUCUGAAGAAAAACACCCAAUUAAAGCCCCAAACACCAUUUUUUGAGGAAAUGAUAAAUAAUAGUCAUUAAUUCAAAGGUGAAUUCCAGUAAACUCAUGCCAUUCAUCAACAGAAUAUUUUUCCAUUUCCAGAAAAUCCGUUCCUUUUAACCUUUUAGACACUAUUCCAGGGUGGUGAUGGAUGGGUUGCUUAAUAGCAGCUCACAGCACUCUGUAAUGAGCCAGACAUGAACAUAGGAUACAGCCCAAUGACUAAAGAGGUACAUUACCUAAAAGGCACUAAAACUCAUUUUAAAAGUAUGCAGCAUAAGGCUGCAGCACAUGGUUGUUGGAGGAAAGAAAGGAAAGAAGCGUGGGUGCAUUUCAAUAUAAGGUGCAACAACAAGGCUAGGGGCAUUUGAUCAUUAAGCUACAGUGAUUUAGUGUCUCUUAAUAUGAAAAGACAUUCCUCAUCUAUCUGGAUUGAGGUCCGCAGACUCAUAAAACAAAACUGACAUCUACAGUUUAUCAAUCACAGCGUCAGUGAUCCAGACAUUUUCAAAUGAAUAAAAGAGCGUCAUUAUUCUUAAUUACUUUAGAUGCCAAAUCAUUAUUCAGCAAAUAUAUUGAAUACCUUUACUGGGUAGCAAAGAGCAGAGUGAGUGUUCCAGGGCUCAGAGGCAUGGCUGCCACCACCGAUGCCUUAUUACUAUUCCAGAUUAGAUUUACUUAGCAUGGCCUUUGGCUUUAUACAGUGUGAACAGCUCAGGCUGAUUUAAGCACGGCUUUGUUUGCGGUGUAAAGUUAUGUAAUGCCCAAAACGAGCAAUUCCUGUAACUGCCAGAAGGGGUGAAUUAGCGGGAGUAUUGGGGCUACAAGUGCUAGGACAUUUAUUCAAUAACGGGUGGAAAAUCCGAUCAUAAUUAACAGAUAGAUUGGGAAAUACACUGUUUUUGGUUUAAGUAAGUGUGGAAGAAGACAAAAUGGCCGAAACAAGUAUCGCAAAGAUAGAUUCAAAUGUCAAUGUGAGUUUUAUUGUUGUGAUUUAAUUUCCUUCUGACUUGGGAUUCCAUUACUGCUCUUCUCAUUCAUUUGCAAGCUGUCAACAAGGUAUGAGCGUAGAGGGUGAAGGUCAAAGCAUCAAGAAAAAGAUAAUGGAAUUGUUCCUCCAAGAGUUGUGAUUUAGUCUGCUUGUGGAAAGCAAAAAAUAAUAAAAAUCCAAUCAAAAAGCAAUUCAUAUAUUCAAAACAGACAGAUGAGGAAAACGGUGGAAUAUGUGUUCACCCCAGCAGACUGGUGCAUAUGUCGCUCUGCACUGCAAAAUGGUUGAGCAUAAACAGUUGUCAUGGAAAUGACUUUUAAAGCUGUCAUUUACAACUAAAGAGGAGCGUUUAGGAUCCGUGUAGAUUAACAUGCAGUAGAUUCCUUUGUGUGUCGUUUGAAAUGGGCUGCAUUUAAGAACACAAUAAGAAAAAAGGCAUUUCAGAGGCUCUGCCCGGGCAAACCGAGGGACAUUACAUUUCUCAUUGCAGAUAUGUGAAGCUGCAGUUUCAAGGACAGCAGUCUGUCAUUUGUUUUCUGCCAGGAGAUUGUGAGUCUGUAUGUCCGUCUAUAAAUGUCUAUUCCAACCUCCCCCCCAUCGUCUCAUUGUUCACACUGCAGGCUUGUACAUGUGCAUUUUGUAAUCGGUACACCAUCCGCUCUUUCCAUGAGACACCGACUAACUGUAGCUGGAAACCAUGAAUGAUUUUUUUUCUGGUCGUUUUUGUUUGUUUUUUUAGCAACAAAACUGUUACAUAAAGUGUGCCUGAAAACCAACACAGUACUAUGUGGAAAACGGAGAGAAACACUGUUAUUAUACAAUCAAUUGUAGAUUUGGGGGCACCAAGGGUCUGUUCAUUCAAAGGUGGGAUAGUAUCAUUUCUAUAAGGACAUUAAGAUUCAUGUUUAAAAUGAACAGCAUCUUUGAUUGUAAAUGACCACAUGCUUGCAGGUUCACGCUGUACAAGAAACAACAAAACCACAUUUAAAAAAGUUAAAGAACCCUUGGUGUCCCCAUGUUGUUCAUAUGUAAAUAUCUUUAAAACGUAUAUAAUGUGUAUUCUGAAUUCUGAGGUGGAGUAAAAAAAAAAAAAAGAC